AUGCAUUGGCUCGCCACAAUAUGUGAAGCCGAGUCAAGCCAUGAUGUACCGCAAUGUACUACUGCGCCGCAUGCUUUGCUGUCCACAGCGAUCGUGAAGGUGCGCGACGGCGCGGGCAACGUGCAUACGGCCCGGCUGCUUCUGGACAACGGAAGUUCCUGCCACUUCGUAACAGAAUCACUCUGCGGUAAGCUGGGUUUGUCGCGACGUAGUAUGGGCUCCACGUUGACAGGUGUCAAUAAGAAAAAAUCACAGCUUACACAGUCUUGCAGCCUUACUAUAAUGUCGUGUUAUGAGGAUUACAGCUUUACUGUGAACUGUUACAUAUUACAGCAGAUCACAGAAGCAAUUCCGACUUCUUACUUUAAUAUAGACCAUAUUUCUCUUCCAAAAGGAAUCGUUUUGGCUGACCCUUCUUUUAAUGUACCGUCAGCAAUAGACAUUUUAGUUGGGGCCGAUGUAUUUUGGUCCGUCUUAGGUCACAAUUCUAUUGAAUUAGGUAAAAACUUACCGAAGUUGUUUGAAACGAAGCUGGGUUGGUUGGUGGUUAGGGAUCUUGCCCAUCGUAAAUCACCGUCUUCUGCUCCAGUUUGUAAUUUGGCGCAUGCGGAGCCUAACCCAGAUUUAACUCGUUUUUGGGAGUUAGACACGGUCGCAGCCAAGCACUCUUUGUCACCAGAGGAACGCGCCUGUGAAGAAAAUUUCUAUCGCACUACAACUCGCAGCGAGGAUGGCCGGUUUAUCGUCACGAUGCCGCUAAAGGAAGAUCCUGCUGUCUUAGGCGACUCGUUUCAAAGGGCAAAGUGCCGUUUCCUGUCUUUAGAGCGUAAGUUUACUCGAGAGCCGAUUUUUAAGGAAAGAUAUAUCGACUUCAUGCGGGAAUACGAGCGUUUAGGUCAUAUGACUGAAAACAAAGAGUCUUCAGCUGGCUGUCUUCAAUCCAAGGUCAAUUAUUACCUGCCACAUCAUGGUGUGCUUCGCGAAUCGAGCCAAACAACAAAGCUGCGUCCUGUUUUUGACGCUUCAGCACCUUCAAGCACUGGCGUGUCUCUUAACCAGAUUCAAAUGGUCGGACCAACUGUCCAGGAAGACCUUUAUUCCAUUUUGCUGCGUUUCCGGCAGCACAAGUACAUCGUAACUGGUGACGUCGAGAAAAUGUAUAGGGCGAUUGACCUUACACCUUCUCAACGCUCUCUUCAGCAAAUAAUUUGGCGAUAUGAUUCCUCAGAGCCUUUAAAAACCUACACUCUUAAUACCGUCAGCUUUGGACAAGCUUCGGCACCGUACCUAGCAACUAAGUGUUUGGUUUCAUUGGCAUCUAGUGCCAUCGAUAGCGACGUCAAACAAUCUAUUCAGCGCGAUUUUUAUGUCGACGAUUUUUUGAGCGGCUCAACGACUAUUGAAGACACAAUUAGGCUGUGCAAGGGUGUCAUAUCUACUUUAAAAUCAGCGCAGUUCAAUUUAAGAAAAUUUCAAUCGAAUAAUAAGUACAUACUUGAACAAAUUUCGCCUAGUUCAGAGCCAAAUAAUAUUCUGGACAUUUCAAGCACUGAUAACAAUAGUUCUUCAAAGACUUUAGGUUUAAACUGGAUUUGUGACUCUGAUAUGAUGUCAUUUGCUAUUAGCAUUCAACAUAAUGAAAAAGUCACAAAACGUCAUAUUUUAUCAGUCAUCAGCCAAAUAUUCGAUCCAUUAGGCCUAGUUAACCCUUGCAUUGUCGAGGCAAAAAUUGUGAUGCAGAGGCUUUGGAUUGAAAAGUGCUCUUGGGAUCAAGAGGUCUCGCAGGAAAUCAAGGAAAUGUGGUUAUCAUUUGUUAACACUUUGCCUCUUCUUAACUAUGUAAUGGUACCUCGCUGGGUGAUUGCUGAUAACUCAGUGAGCCAUGAAAUUCACGUCUUUUCAGACGCUUCAGAGCGUGCAUACGGUGCGUGUCUAUACAUUCGUUCGAUUGAUACGUCAAGUCAGGUACAAGUGCAUCUUUUGACAUCUAAAAGUAAAAUAGUCCCAAUUAAGCCAACCACCAUACCUAGGCUUGAAUUGUGUGGGGCUUUGAUGGCUGCAAGGUUGUGUAACAAAGUGGUAAGCUCAUUGACUCUGCAAUUUAGUGAAUGUAGAUUCUGGUGUGACUCUACCAUUGUACUGGGGUGGUUAAAUACACCACCAAAUAAUUUGAAAAGCUUUGUUCGCAAUAGGGUCCACGAGAUCCAAGAGAGCAGUGGAGGUCACACGUGGAGCUACGUACCGUCGAAGGACAAUCCGGCGGAUCUUGUUUCUCGUGGGGUGAAGGCUGACCAAAUCAGCGGUUCAUCCUUGUGGUGGUCAGGUCCGACAUUUCUGUCGGAACCAGAAUCUCAAUGGCCAAAAAUGCCCAACACACACGUGAAACACGAUCUACCUGAGAUGAUUACAUGUUCUCUGGCGCUUGUUGAUGAUCAUAGUACUGAUUGCAUUUCUAAAUUAAUCGAAAACAAAUCAAAAUUUAUUAACUUACAAAACAUAACCGCGUACUUGCUAAGAUUUAUACAUAACUGUAAAAAUCAGAACAAUAAAUUAACUGGUCAUCUUUCAGUUCAAGAACUUCAAAAUUCGUUAAAUUUAAUAACCCAAAAAGCACAACAGGAAAUGUUCCCUGACGAAUAUGCUGUUCUAAAAGCCGGCAAGGCACUACCUAACAAAAAUCGUUUGAUUUCAUUAACGCCUUUCUUAGAUACAAAUAGUAUCAUGCGAGUUGGUGGCAGGCUUGAUAAUUCUCCUUAUUGUUAUAACACAAAGCAUCCAAUUAUUUUAUGUAGCAAACACCAUUUAACAAAAAUCAUCUUUCGACAUUUUCACAUUAAAUGUUUACAUGCCCCAUCUCGACUUCUUCUAGGAACUAUAAAACAAACUUAUUGGCCAUUAGGUGGCACAAAUCUUGCGAAAAACACCGUAAACAAAUGUGUACGUUGUUUUCGCUUCAAACAUGACACAGUUCAACCCAUCAUGGGGCAGUUACCUGCGACACGAACUGAAUUAGAGUUCCCUUUUUUACAUUGUUGCGUCGAUUACGCAGGGCCAGUGUUGUUAGCAGAUAGGAAAGGUAGAGGAUGCAAGCUUAUAAAAUCUUUCUUGGCAAUCUUCAUUUGCAACUCGACCAAAGCCUGUCACAUCGAGCUCGUCACGGCUCUCUCUAGUGAGGCGUACAUUGCUGCUUUAAAGCGUUUUGUCUCUCGUCGUGGGUUACCAUUGACCAUCACAAGUGACAAUGGGACUAAUUUUGUUGGCGCUUGUAAUGAACUGGCACAACUCCUUAUGGAGUCAGAUCUUGAAGGUAAGGUAGCGCAGGAAGGCAUCGAAUUUAAAUUUGUACCUGCUUACACUCCUCACUUCAACGGUUUGGCAGAAGCAGCCGUUCGCUCCACAAAGCAUCAUCUUAAGCGACUGCUACAAACUACUCACUUCACUUAUGAGGAAAUGGCGACUUGCCUCACAGAAAUAGAAGCAGCGUUAAACAGUCGUCCUCUCACCCCAUUUUCCACUGAUCCCUCCGAUUUUUCGGCUUUAACUCCUUCUCACUUUUUACUUUUUAAUUUUUUAUUUUUAAAAUAG